AUGGGACCUUUCCCACCCUCAUACUCAAAUGCUUAUAUCUUAGUGGCGGUUGACUAUGUGUCCAGGUGGGUGGAAGCUAUGGCUUUGCCCACCAAUGAUGCCAAAGUGACAAGUGGACAGGUUGAGGUCUCCAACUGGGAGCUCAAGAGGAUCUUAGAGAAGACUGUGAGUACUUCAAGAAAGGACUGGGCAAGAAAUUCUGAUGAUACUCUCUGGGCAUAUCGAUCUGCAUUCAAGACCCUUAUUGAGAUGUCUCAGUACCAGUUAGCCUAUGGAGAGAAAAGAUUACUCCAACUGAAUGAUUUUGAUGAGUUCAGAAAUUCUUCUUAUGAGAACUCCAAGCUCUAUAAAGAGAAGACCAAGAUGUGGCAUGACAAGAAAAUAGCCACAAGAUCAUUUAAGUCAGGCCAGCAAGUUUUAUUGUUCAAUUCAAGGCUCAAGCUCUUUCUUGGGAAGCUGAAGUCCCAGUGGUCAGGACCUUUUGUGAUAACUAGAGUUUCACCGUAUGGUCAUGUGAAACUUCAGGAAGACAACUCUGAUAGAAGAUUCACAGUCAAUGGCCAAAGGUUGAAGCAUUAUCUUGGAGGGGAGAUUGAUCGCCAAAGGUCCACUCAUCUGAUGACUUAG